AGAAGAACUUGAACCAGAAGAAGAAAACGAGAACUACAAAACUGAUUUCAAACUAACAUUGAAGAGUGGAGAUCCCGCGUUGAUGGAAAUUGGAAAGACAUUGAACUUCGAACUGGUCAUCACGAUACCUCCGACCGAACGACUUGAUCUUCUGCUCGACAUUUUUACCAAGGAUGUGGUGGCGGAUUCGUAUAAUCCCGUCCUGGGUAUCUUUAACAUUGUUGUGGAUAUCCCACCGGAAGUAACUCUCAGCCUCGGAGAACCGCAGAUCAGCAAAAUGCUUUCAGGCCAACAGGACAGCAAUAUUUACGAUCGAGUCUUGGUGAACUUCGGCGAUAUUAUCAAUCCGGAUACCCCUCGGAAAAUCGUCGUUUUAUUCUCCGUUACAGCUGCCCGAAUCAUGUCGACCUUCAAGCUUCAUUAUGUAACGAUAGGUGCAGAAUACGACUUUGAACGGUUCGUCUGGAUAUCGCAAACCGAAGUGAACGUGCAAAACGCUAAAUCGAAUGAAGACGAGAAACUCGUUGAAGCAGAUUACGACGGGCCUAAGGAGAUCGCAAUGGAUAGUGCGGGCAUCUUUACGGUUGAUGCCUUUAUUAAAUUAAGAUCCGAUCGGGUGGAGAUCCUGGUUGAAGGCCCUACAAACUUUGAAGAUGUUAUUAGCGUCGGCAACCUUGGGAUUACAGGGUUUGGCGCACACUUCCAAAGUGUGCCCCAAGACGUAGUCCACUAUCGCACUGUGAAAACCCCGUCUGCUACGAAAGAUUCCUUUAUAAAGGCAUCAAUUGACAUGGGCAUCCUGACUAACACCGGAUCCAUGUAUCAAAAGCCACGAACCUCGAACAGCGAAAACAAGAUGUCAUUCACGUUCGGACUUUUUGCCCUAACACGUGACGACACGAUUGGGUCAGAGGAAAGCUUCAAGAUAACUAUCGACGUGGCAGGAAAGAUCCUCUGGCAGGAGACAGUUCGUGUCAACAUUACACAACGAAACGACAACGAAACUGUAAAUAAUAUAGAAGAUUCUCGGGUAGCCAUCGCUCCCCCGCGCGCUCUCCUAGGCAACCUCCUCCAGUACGAAGUACAUCUUAAUCUCACACCGUCUGCCUUCACUGAGAUCUACGUUGUGCAGGAGUUCGAUCCGACAAAUCCGAUCACCUUAUGCUCAGGUCGUUUCGCCCCUGAUAAAAAUGGGUUCAACGUCGUAUGGGCCAACUCCACAAGUGCUCGUGCCAUUAUAACGUCGAAUCCAGACGAGAUCGCCCUUGACCUGGGCAGGCUAUACGUUUCCGAACAGAGAAGCGGCGUUACGGAUAUGGAGAAUACAGCGGUUCUAGAAUUAUUCUUCUUCGUUGAUCCUGAUGCUGCAGACUCUACGGCUCCAAAAGGAAGUGACGGCGAAAACUUCCAGCCCGUGAAGGUGCGAAUCGGCCGACGGGAUGAUCCACUUGUUGUCAGCGUUGAACCCCUCGCCAUCGAGUCCAAGCGUUUCGUAAAUACGCUAGAUGUCCGAACUGAGGACGCCGUCACCUGGCGAGAGAUCUACGUGGGGGGAGCAGUAGCAUACGACAUCAUCAUCUCACUACCGUUGGGCGCGUUCUAUACAAACCUGUCGCUCAGUGUCACAGACUUGAGCAACAUUCAGUUGCCGGGCGCGCACAUAUGUCGUGCAAGGGUGUCCCAUAUUGGUCGGAACUUACCCUGCGCGCAAAGUCAGCGGGACCUCAUAAACGAAAACUCCAUCUUCUAUUCGAAAAUCCAGCAGGAGCGUGACGACUUCGACUCUGUUUUUGUACAAUUCGACCGGCUGUGUCAAUUGGCGCAGUCGCCUGGUAACCAGACAGAAUCGCAGGUGAUAAUCAAUGUGGUAGCCAGUCUGCAGGGGGAACAAUCGUUCCAGAAUGGGCAACCUUAUGCAUUGCACACCGUAGUGUCACUCAAUAACAAACCAAUUCACCAGGAAGACAAGAAGUUUAACGCGGCCAGACCACCCUCCAAAGACUUUCUCAAGAAUCAACCCGCGUACGUGUAUUUUACUAGUUUGAGCCCAUCGUUUGUACCUGGGGGAGUAGGAGAAGUCGAAAUUGUCCUCAAGACGCCGCCGAAAAGCAUGGCUGCUUACUUGAUCGAGCUAUUGACGAACGACCCCGACGUCAGCGUUUGUAUUCUAAAAAUCAAGUCUAUCGGAGACUCAAUGCCAUGUAUCGAGAGAGACACUCCGGCUGAUUACAUCCUCCACCAGGAUUCUGAUAACGGCAAUAGAAAGGCGUCGCUAGCGAUCGACGCGCUCGCCAACGUUGGUACAUAUCCGAUGAAACAGGGUCACUUCCUCGACCCCAACUCGCUAGUGUUCUCGGCCUUUGUCAAGGUCGGAACGCGCGCCACACGAAAUAAAUCGCUCAAAUUGAAGAUAUCCUAUGGAUCAAAAGGACAAAUAGAAAAUACAAUCGCACUGCCAGUUGCUAAUGUUCACAAUACCACUGGCCUUUUGACUUCAAGCGGGAGCGCCACCUCCCCUCGGACGAUAUUGCUGGCACCUUCUGAGCCCGCUCUGACUUCGCUCGCGCCUGGUUCCGUGGCGUUAGUGACGUUAACCGUAGAGCUGGUCGAAUUCUCGUCUUCGAGGCUACAGUUUGACCUAAUCCUAGACGACGGGGUCGUGCGAGGCAAAGAUAUAGAAGUGUGCCACGAGGGUAUCAGUCAUCUCGGCAGAAAUUAUCCAUGCUCUGCUCCACAACAGUGGACGAAACACGAAGAAGGAGAAAAUCUUCUUGGUCGGUACGAUCUAGGGCUUCUAUGUAACUCAUUCAUUGAAAGGAAUAAACCGGAAGAUAAUUAUGUUCGUUUCACAGUGCCCGUCAUGCUCAAGACAGACGCGAAAUACGUCGAAGGCACGUCCCUUGCGUUGAGUUCUCUGGUAGUGAGCAGUGGGGGCAAAGAACAGCAAAAUCUUCAGUUCAAUAUCGCCAAGAAAGCGGAACAAUCUAUUGGGAACGUCUUUCCACCCGCAGUGAAAGCCUCCAGUAGCGAAGAAAGCAUAGGUAUUCGUCAACGUCGCUGGAUACCGUUUAAUAUUACGGUGCCUAAAGGAGCGAUGACCGAAAUUACUGUCACAGUCCAGGGCGCCAAAACGGAUAAGGUUGCCAUUGUAGUUGUGCACGACUUGCGAAUUGCAACCGUUGGUCGCAAUAUACCUUGUUAUCGGCCUUCAAAGCUGGAUGUUGCUCUCUUCUCGUCAUUCAAGAACGUACAAAAUGAUAAGGCACAGGCUUUCCUUGGAUACUUUGCCAAUCCAGGUUACAGCCAUGUGCGAGAGCGUUUCCAGCAAGGUGAUGAUGAUAUCGUUUUAGAAGUGUACGUUGAAUUAACCGAUCACGAAUUCACCAAUGAUGGUUCCAAACAUCCUGUAAAUAUUCAGGUCGAGAUGAGCGGGUGGAGAGGUACUGCUCAGCAGGAGAUGACUAUCGUACGAACAGGCAAAGAAGCAACCUCCAUCGAUGUUAAACUAUCUGUCGAUAACACCCGGCCAUUUGAAAGAGGGGACACGAUUUCUGUGAUGGCAGAACUACGACACUUCGUAUCAUCACUAAUGGAGCCUACGAAGGUUGCACUUCGUAUAUUCCUACCUCAAUUUGUGACGUUCGGCGGAGUCACUGAAAUACGUUCGGGAUCAGGCUACCAGGCUGAAGUGAAGAACGCCUCGAACGGCGUUGACAUUAUAUUCCCGAAACUGCUGUUCGCAGACGAGAUUAAAGUGAACAUGACACUCGUGUCGGAUCCCGAAAAUCGCCGUGGCUACGGGACAGGCGUCAUUGAUGCCACUUCGCUUUACCGUGUCGAAUGUGAGUAUACUCCUCGGAAAGACCAGACCUUCGAACCCUUCUGCUCCGACCAGCUCUUCCUCGCCUACAAAGUCAACUCCGAUGAAUGUGUGCUCAACCUAGGCAUGGAAGACGGGACCAUCAAAGACUGCCAAAUUACGGCUUCUUCGGCGGUCGAUUUUGAGCAUGCGCCUUUUAGAGUGCGCAAAGGAAGCCCACAGGUCUGGUCGCCGGGCAUCCGGGAGGGCAUGGCCCAGCCUUACCUGGACAUCGCCUUCCUUCGAGUGACUCGCGUAUCACAACUCGAAAUGAUCUAUGUGCCAGGCACUCGUCGAGUGCACCGCUACCGAUUGCAGGCGUCCAAUGACGGACGCAAUUGGUGGAAUCACCUACAGACGCGUACAUUAGUGUAUCAAAACGGCGUGGCAAUAGAUCGGCUACCCAACGCCGUGCAGGCAAGACAUCUGCGAAUCAUUGUUGUCGACGCAGCUGAUGAGCAUGUGAAAGACGAGCUGAACGUAGGCCUCCAAAUCGAACUUUAUGGAUGUUAUAUUGGACCGUAUAGCAAAGAUGAGGGCUGUCCCGAAGAUACCACAUUAUAUACCAACCUAGAAACGCUCAAAACGCGUCACAUGACGGUUGAUACCAACACAGAUACAGCAUAUUUUUGUGACUUCACCGAUGCAAGGUUUGUUAUUGUAAAAAAUCGCAUCUUCGUUUUUUUCACGUAAUUUUUGUCUAACGUGUUUUAAACUAAAGUAAUAUUUUUAAUAGGACUCAAUUCAAGAAAUAAUUUCUUAUAAUACAACAGGAGGGCAUUAGAAGUCUUCACUGUUAUUGGAAAAAAGGCUCCAUUAGGAAUUUUUAUGUGUAGUUUGUGUUAUUAUAAAACAAAACGUCCUAUUAUACUUUCGAUUGCACUUGCGUAGUAAUACA